AUGUACCGACUAUUGGCCGGGCUGGCCUUGGCUACAUUGGCCGCUGCUGCUCCAUCUAAUCAGAGGGUUGUUGUGGAAAAUGGAGCGAUAUGCGAGGGAAAAGCCUCCGCUUUCUUCGUCGUCGACAAUACAAUGAUGACAGCUGGAGAUAAUGUGAUCUACAAGGAUUUCAGCGAGGAGGAAUGCCUUAGCACUUGCUCAACGAAUCGGGAUCCCUUUGGAAGAUCGAUUCUUUGCUCGUCUUUCGUCUACGAUCAUGUUGCCUUUACCUGCACAAUUUACAAAGACAAGAGCAAGCCAGAAGGAAAUGGUGAAAAGACGGCUGUUCAGGGAAAACGCUACUUCGAGAAGUUCUGCCUGUCUUCCGACUUGCCGAUGGAGUGUGCCGAUGGGCGAUUCAUCCGCUCCGACGACUCGGUGCUGGUUGGAUUUGCCACGAAUGUCUCGUUGAGCGAGACGCUAGAGGAUUGUGUGGCGACUUGUGUCCGGGAUAAGGGAUGUUUGUCCGCCAUGUACUUCUACGAGGAGGGCGAGUGCAUCACGAACACUGAAUCGGCACAGACCCGCCCUGCCGCCUUUACCAAGGAAGACACCGAGAAGGUUCUGUACUUCUCCAACGGAUGCCUGGCUAAGAAGUCCUCCAACGCCAAGACGUUCAAGACUCCGACCGCUAAUACAGAGCUUGUCACCGAUGCCCCGAAGCCAACUACCACCACAAAGUCGCAUGCUGAGGAUUAUGACAGGUCGUCCGCGGCGCCCGAGGGUUCCGGUCAGCGCGAGUCGGGUGAGAAAUCCGGAAAACCGGCCACCGGCAUGCCACCAGCACCCAAAAAGGAUACUGACCAGGGGAAGGAAGAGGAGGAUGAGGAGGAGGUUGAGGAGGAAGUUGACGCUGGAGCUGAUGGGGAGAAGCAUGCACCAAAGGGAGAGGAAUAUGAUGAUGGUGGAGAAGCGGCUCGAGGAGAUGAGGAGGAAGAGGAGGAAGGGGUUGAAGUGACUGAUGAGACUGGAGCCGAGAAUAAUGAGGAGGAAGAAGAGGGAACCGAAUCCACUACCACUACACCUAAGACCACCGCUGCACCCACAGAAACUGAAGAAACGACCAUCGUCGAGUCCGAAGAUGUCGAUGGAGAGACAACCAUUGAUGAAGAGCGACAGGUUGAGAACGAGUUCAUGGAGCCAGCCACCGAAGCCGCUCCCCGAAAGCAUUCAAAUGACCGCACUAAGAUCCUGAAGUUCAACAAGCCAGCUCGUGAGUUUGGAAGUAAGACCGUUCAAGCCUACAAGGAGGAUAGGAAGACCAAGAAGAAGGCCGAGCAGCAACAGAAGAUGAUGGAGGAGGUCGAUACCGAGGAUGAGGAGGAGGAAGAGGCGGAGGAGGAGGAAGAGCCCGUGAAUGUUAGGGCUUCCGCUCAGGCUGGGGAAUUCCUGCCCAAGCCCACCGAGACCACCGUCAACCCAGCUCUUCUAUUUUCUGAAUGGUCUGACUGGACCCCAUGCACCAAGAGCGGUGAGAGGAGAGUCCGCAGGAGAAAGUGCCUCGAUCUUCGCAGAUGCCUUGGAGCUCUGAUGCAAGUCGAGAACUGCCCUGCUGUUACCACUGUCGCCCCAGUCCCUGAUGAUUACGAUCAACCGCCACUUGAGUCUGUUCGAUCGAUUGUUCCUGAGCCUAAGGAUUCCGAUUACUUUGCUGAUCAGGGAGCACGACCGGUCCCCCUCCCUCCCGCUCCAGUUGAGAAGAGCGGUGUCUGGAGCAACUGGCUAGGCGUCUGCCAACAGUUCGCUUCCGGGCAACCUUGCAACAACGGCGAAAUGAUCGGUUUCGAAUCCCGGGAAUGCUUGGCCAAAGACCCAGAUCAGUGCACUGGACCCUUCUUCCGGUACUGCACCCUCCACUGC